AAAGAAUUAUUGUAUUAAUUUUUUAUUUAAUUGCGAUCAACAUUUAUUUUUAUGUGUUGUAAUGGGUAGUAAUGAAGCUAAUAUUUUCGCAAAUACUUUAAAAAAACAUGUACAAGCAACAGCUGCCUUGUACAGUGACAAUAAAAAUGUUAUUCAAAACACAAGCAAAGAAUAUAAAGUUCAAGAUGUAUUAUCGAAUAUUUCGAAGCAAAUAAAGGCGUUUCAAAAUGCAGACACCUUUGGUAAAAGUAGUAGCAGUCGAAUACAUUUAGAUAUGCAUAAAACGAGUAAUUUCCUGCCCAUAACAAUGAUAUCACCUGAACAAAAGUUGGAACAAAUUCAGUCGAGUAAAUUUGAAACACAAUGUGUAUUAGAUACACAACUCAUCAAUAUUAUAGAAGACGCUGAAGCCCUAAUAGAUGUACAAAAAGAUAUGUCACAAGAAUUUGAUAAUUCAUUUAAUAAUUUAGAUAGUAAAAUCCAUUAUGAUGUAAAUUCACAAAAAAACAAUAAAGACAAUGAUGAUAUGAAUUCUAAACACUUAGAAGAUAAAGAAACAAUGAAUGAAACUAGUUCCCUUAGAAAAGAUUGUGAUAAUUCUCUUAAUACCCUCAAUUUAAGAUUUAAUGAUAAAUGUAAAACUAUUUCCAAAGAUAUUGAAGAUAAAGAAGCUGAAAUAAUAGAAUUAAAUAUAAAUGAGGUUGAACAACAUGAUGAACUUAUACCGAGAAGCUUAAUAAUAACUAAAAAUAAUUCUCCUAUUCUUAAAUCAAGAACACCGCCUUUAGUGUACAAAUUGGAAUCAUUUGAAAAAUUCGAAACAAUAGCAGUUCCUGUCAUAAAUAAUAAUCUUGAUUUUGAUGUUGCCAAGAGAUUGAUUAAUUCACAAAUUAUAAACAGUGAACUGUUCAUACAAACUCAUGCAGAGGCUGUUUUAGGUGACCGAGACAAAUCGCCCAGUCCCAUCUUAAGUAUAUGCAAUAAAUCUCAUAGAGUUACAUGCGAAGAUUUUAAUAAAAGUAAAAUAAAAUACACUUCAUUUAUUGAAGAUGAAUUACUAUUUAGUAGUGAGGAGGAAGAUAAUUUUAAGAACGAUUUUGAAGAGUUACCACUGACUUGUGCCUUGGAGACAUCAUUUUAUAAUCAACAUGACGUUUUAGAUAAGACAAUGUAUGUUGGCUUUCAGACUGCUAGCAAUAAGUCUAUACAAGUACAUUCAGAUUCAUACAGUAAAGCUAAAAGUAUCUUAGAUAAUGUUAAAGUUCAGGAAGUAGAUUUUUCCCUUUCAAAACUUGUGGAAGAUAUUGAAAGUAGCUCUAAAUGUGAUAACAAUAAAGUAAAUAUUAAGGAUGAUGAAUGUAAGUUACAAGAUACAGAAAAAAAUGAGUGUCAUAAUAAGGUUAGAAGUCCAAUAGGUUUUAAGACAGGAAGUGGUAAAGACAUUAAAAUAUCUGAGGCAGCUCUAAUGAAAAGCAAAAGAAUGUUUGAAGAAGUAUUAGAAGCUGAUUCAGUUACGGAUAUGCUCGAUUCUAAUGCAACCAAUGAUCUAUCUUGUAAUAAAAGAGUUAAAUUAUCAGAAACUACUCAAAAUGUUUGUAAAAAUAACGCAGAAUUAAACCUUGGUGCAGAAGAUUGUGAAAUGUAUGCAGGACUAGAUGAAAUUGGACUUUUAAAUGAACUGGUUAAUAUUGAUGAACACAUCAUGAAUGAGUUCGAGAGUAAUUUCACUGUCAUUGAUAAAGACAAAGAUGAUAAUAAUAAAUCACUAGAUGAAACAGCUACGAAUGCUAUAAAAACUAUUAAUAAGAAUAAAACUAUCAAAACGGUUGUUACUGAAAAACCUAUUGUUGGUUUCAAAACUGCAAAUAAUAAAAAAAUCAAAAUAUCUGAACAGGGUUUAGCUAAAACAAGAAAUAUUUUCGAAGAUAUAAAUUUAACUGACUUAGAAAAACCUAGUGAUUCCAACACUGAGAAAUUUGACUCAUAUAUGAAUCAACCAACAACAAGUAAAAAUUUUAUGGGCUUCAGAACAGCUACUAACAAAAGAAUAGAAGUAUCUGAACUGGCGCUGGCUAAAACUAAAAAUAUUUUUGAUAAUAUAGAUGACGAAAAUUUUAAUAAAAUAGAUACAGCUAAAGAAUUGUCAGUAAAUAGGAACAAAAAUAAAACAGAAGUUGCUCUGAAUAAAAACAAUCUCACAAAUCUUAAUAACAAACGUGGUGGGUUCGUUAAUCCUUUUCCAUCUCCUAAGACUAAUAAUGACAUUUUUAAGAAGCCACAUGCUAAUUCAAUUAAUGUGAAUCAUGAUCUGAAACAACAAAUACCUACAUUUACUGGGUUCCAAACCGCAAGUAAUAAACCAGUUCAAAUAUCUUCAGAGGCUUUAGCUAAAUCAGAGAAAAUUUUCAAAGAGAUAAUGUCCGUGCAAAGUGAUGAAUCUUAUAAAGAAGACAAGAGCUCUGUUAGGGAUACUAGCUUUGGAAAUAAAAAGGAAAGCCAUAGUACGAAACAUGACUUAGUUAGGUCGCAAGAAAAUGCUAGCGAUAUUAACGAAGAUAGUUUUAAAGAUAUAAGCAAGGAUCGAGGUAAAUUAUUUAAUAGUUAUCAAGAUUCUUCGUGCAACCUGAAUACGAAAAUGCAAGGCUUUAAAACUGCAAGUAACAAAACAGUUCCAAUAUCUGAUGAAGCUUUAGCUAAAACUAAGAGCAUUUUUCAGGAUAUAUUUAAUACGGAACCUAGAGCUGAUAAUGACGAUAUAAUUAUUGAAGAUAAACAAACGUUUGAUUCCAUUAAUAAAGGUUUUACAACUGCUAGCGAUAAACCAGUUCCGAUAACCGAAGCGGCGUUAACUAAGAGUAAAGAGAUAUUUAAAAAUUAUGAAACGUUUGAACAUCAAACUAGUUCAGUAUUUGAAGGAUUCAAAACGGCCAGUAAUAAGGUAGUUCAAAUCUCCGAAACUGCUGUCGCUAAGACGAGAAAAAUAUUCCAAGAUUUUGAUGUAGCUGACGAAACACAAACAAAACAAGAAUUUGCAUUUAUUGGUUUUAAAACAGGUAAUAAUAAAACUGUUAAAAUAUCAAAAGAAUCGUUAUUAAAAAGUAAACAGUUAUUUGAAGACAUUGAUCUAAAUCAAGAUAGUUUUUAUGAAAAUAAAACUAACCUGAAUAUGAAAACUAAAGCAGACAAGUUUGGUUUUAAAACUGCAAACGACAAACAUGUAAAUAUAUCCGAAAAAUCAUUAAGACUUUGCCAAGAAAUGGUUAAUGGUAAGCCUCAAAAUAAAACUAUUAUUCCAGAAUUGAAAGAAGGCAAUACAACACUUGAUAAUAAUCAAUUAAAUAUUGACGAAAUAAUGAACACGGAAGUUAUAAAGAACUUAGAACAGACAUUAUAUACAGAAGAUUUUUCUAAAGAAACUUCACCAAUAAGUAAACGAUCUGGUAGUCCGAUAUUAUCUUGUCCUAGAGCUAAAAAGAGGAGAAAAUUUAAAACGCCUCAAACUAUACACAAAGUUAAUGUACCCAGCCAUGCUGUAACAGAACGACCACUGAAUACUUACACCUUUGAUGAAAAUUAUAAGAAAAACAAAAAAUACAAACUAAAAAACAUACAAGAGAUUGAAUUUAGUAAUUCCAAUAAUGUUAACAUGGAUGCGUAUAUUUUAAACUUCAAAUUUGAUACGGUACUUGAUUUCGAAUUUGGCGGGAAACGAAAUGACAUUGACAGUGACGUCUGGACAACAGAUAAAAUAAUAAAAAAGUUCACAGAGUCGGUAAACAGAAAGAUAGUGCCUGACGGUUGGAUAGAAAAUCACUUGAAAUUGGUCAUUUGGAAAUUAUUAUCAUAUGAAAUUCGUUUUCCGAAUUGUAUGAAAAAUACAUGCUCGUUAAAGAAUGUUCUACACCAAUUGAAAUAUCGAUAUAAUAGAGAGUUGUUUAAUGUUGAGAGACCAGCGUUAAGGAAGAUAUUGGAAAAGGACGAGCUGGCUUCUAAAUUAAUGGUCUUAAAAGUGCUUGGAUUAUACGUUAACGGCGUAUAUGUUGAUAGUGUUACCAAUCAAAUGCAAAACAUAGAACUGUUAGUUACUGACGGUUGGUACUGUAUUAAGGCGUGUGCUGACAGAAUGAUUGAUACAUUAAUAUCUGCUGGGAUAAUUGGUGUGGGUACAAAGUUGGCGAUAUACGGUGCCGAGUUGAUGAAUUGUGAACAGGGGGUGUCUCCUUGGGAGGAUACAUCUUCGAUACGUCUCAAGAUAUCCGGCAAUUCGACGCGGCGCGCUAAAUGGGACGCGAGGCUCGGUUUCCAUGGGGACGGCGCCAUCUUGGCUCGCUUGUCAGCUGUCAGGCCGGAGGGCGGGAAAAUUUCGCGGGUCCGCGUCUUCGUGACCAGAGUGUAUCCUACGCUGUAUAUCGAGAAGUUUGCAGAUGGCAGUACUGUUACCCGCUCAGAGCGAUUGGAACAUCUCCAACAGAUGAAACACGAAACAGAGAGACAGAAUCAGAUUGAAAAGCUUUAUGAUGAAAUAGAGAAAAUGGGUGAACAGUUUCAAUGUUUACAGGAAUCUGAAGAUUCGGAGGGCUUAGAUUCUGAGAAGGGGCUAGACACUAGUUCUCAAAUAUGCAGACUCAUGAAGAGAAGUAAAGAUUUAUCAGGGUUUAAGGUCAACCUGACAGAAUCCCAAACACAUCUUCUAGAGGAGCACGCGAUGAAAAAACGCGAGAAAUUGAUGCAGAACUUGCAGGCGAAGGUUCAGGAUAUGGUGAAGAAGCGAGGGUUGGAUGUCGCCAGAAAUGUGGUGCCCUUGCUGAAGAUGAGAGUGGCUGAUGUGCACAACGACUGUAUUUCACAAGCGAUGAUAACAGUUUGGAGGCCGAACGAGUGCGUGCUGGACCUCAUAGCCGAGGGGGCGUGGCUCGAUGUGUACAAUGUCGUUCCUACUACUGUGAGAUUUUCCGAGGUACAAAUAUCAGCUGGUAGGCAAUCCAUAUUCCAAUCAUCGAAAUUCAAUAAAAAUAAAACGAAAAUGUACACAGAUACCCUUAGAAGAAAAUGUCUUCCCAUAAAGGACCUCCAACACAUAACAACUACAGAUAAUAACGAAAUAGAUACGUUCGGUUUGAUUUUUCUCAUCGAACCACCGACGAAUCAGUUUCAAAAUAUAUAUUUAACGGACGAAAGUAAAAAUAUAAUAUCAAUAAAUUUCUGGGGAGGCAUCAAAAAGUUUGGCUUCGAAAAUAUUUUAGACACGGGUCAGAUUGUUGCGUGUCUGAAUUUACAGAAGCGAACUGGCAACACUAGGAAAGAAAUUGCGCAGUACCGAGCGACGGAGUUUUCACAUUUCACGAGAACUUGUAAAAUUGAUUUUAUCCGGAAAAUGACGGAGGACCUGACGAAGAAAUUCAUUACUAUUGAUAAGAAAAAGUUUAUGAACGAUUGUGUUGCUAUUAAAAAUAAUUUUAUUAAUUUUAAAUAUGGAAACACUGAAAAUGUUACGCCGUACAGAUUAAAUAAUAGUGAUUAUAAUGUAUCUAGGAAUAGAUUGUUCAUUGAAUCGCCACUCGCUCAAAAGGUAGAUAUUAAUUUGAACCUUAGUGGUUUAGACUUUGAGUCGACUUUUAAACAAACAGAUACACAAAACUUAUCUCCAAAGGAGCUAGCGAGGAAGAGAAAAGUCAACGAGAAAAUUGCUAAACUUAAAAUGUACGGUGAACCCCCGCCAUUAAGUUCAAUACACAUAAUAAACAAAUCCAACUCAAUCAAACCUUACAAAAGCCCUCUUAUAACAAAAAGUGAUAUUUCAAUCAAUGUUGCCAGUGCUACAAAAAUACCUGAAAAUAUGGAAAUUAAUUCUAGUCCAGUGUUGUUAAACAGAACUUAUGUUAAGUGCAUAAAUCCGGUGAAAUUAAACUUUGCAGAUGAAGAUAAAGAUGGUAACCUGAUGGAUCCUUUCGCUGAAGAAUUUGACUGUAGUCCACCUUUAAGUUUGGAGUGAAACUUCAUACAUGCAAUUAAGAGUUUGUAUAUCGUGAUGUGGAUCUUAACCUAUGAUUGUGAACUUUGAUAGACUCAUUGGCUUAAUUUGAUAUCGGUAGGCGGACGA